AUGGGAGUAAAAAUCAAGGUUGCUAAACCAACUUUGGGGUUCCCGUUCCUCACAACUUCUUUGAGCCUAGAUUUAGCUGCUAAGGUGCACAAGGUGAAGGUUGGGAUUUUGGGCAGGAGAGGAUGGAAUUGUUAUAAUGGUUGCAAACGUAUGGUUGCUGAUGGUAGCACGUUACCUUGGUGUACUAAUCCUAUGGUUGAAGAUGAUAAGGUUGGAAAGGAAAGGACUUGUGGCAGAAGGGCAAUGGUGGUUGAACAGGGAAAUGGUGAAACUAGUAUGUGCUUGGAUCCAAUGGGUCCAAGUUCCAAACAAAUGGACCAAGGUGAAUAUACUGAGUUAAAAGAGAUGGGUUUGCAAUAA